GUGCGGCCUUUGGGGAGAAAGCGCUGCUCUGGGCUGAGGGCGGCGAGGGCCCGGAGUCUCCUCCCGCAGGUGGCUGGCGGUUGCGCGGCUACCUUGGGACCGAGUACCGGGACCUCCCACUGGCCGUGGAAGAGCUGCCGCCGGAGACGGCGGCCGUCAAGGAGGAGUUGCCGCAGCAGCGGAGGGCUUCGGCAUCGCUCGGGACAGUGCUGAAUCCGUGCUUCGAAGGAGUCCUCCGGCUGUGUGAGCACGGGUUAGAUUGCCUGCAUCACUCUGUGCAGCAAAGUGUGGAGCCCCCCAGGGACUAUGAGAAGGAGGCUGCCUCGCUGCGGGUGGCCCUGUCGAAAGCCACGGAGGAGCUGGCGCAGCUCAGGCAACCUCUGAGUCGCAACGCCCAGAUCGCUGCACGUCUCAUCGCAGGCAAUGCUGGGGCAUCCUUGCUGCUGAGUACAUUUCUACCGUGGUCGCGUCUCUGCCGCGAGGAGCGCAGGAAGCGGGGCGACGAGGCAUUGAAGGCGAAAGCAAAGGAACGAGUGGCGAAGGCAGCUCUCAGCUUUGCUGACGGCGGGCAGAAAGUGCUGCUGCCCACCGUCUUCAUCGCUUGGUCCCGGCUGCUCGUAGAGGCACGCCGAGGGCGCUUUCUGUCCGAGGCAGCUGCAGCUCGCGAGGCAGCCAAAGCUGCUGCCAUGCGCGCCGGUCGAGCUAUGUUGGGGAACAACGAAGCGGGACUCAAGUCAGCGCUGCUCAACGCCUGGGUGAACGUUCAUCACAUGGCCAUGGCCGAACGGCAUGCCCUGCACACCGCCAAGCAAGCCUCCAAGGAAGCAUCGAUGAAGGCGGCGAUGGGACUCUUGGGUCAGCAGGACUCGGCGCUGUUGGCAGGCAUCUUCUCCAGCUGGCAGCGCAGCUGCCGGCUUUCCACCACCGCCGCGCUGAAGGAGAAAGAACGGGUCGAGGCGGCUUCUAAAGAGCGCCAGCGUGCCAUUUGUCGGCAGGCUGCCAU